UCGCCAGGCACCCGGCACCAUGGACAUCAACAUGACCCGUCCGGACAACGCCACGCUGCAGAUGCUGAGGGACCCAGCCAUCGCCGUGGUGCUGCCCGCCGUGUACUCGGUGGUGGCCCUGGUCAGCAUCCCGGGCAACCUGUUCUCGCUGUGGGUGCUGUGCCGCCACAUCGGGCCCAAGUCGCCGUCGGUCAUCUUCAUGAUCAACCUGAGCGUCACGGACCUGGCGCUGGCCAGCGUGCUGCCCUUCCAGAUCUACUACCACUGCAACGGGCACCACUGGGUGUUCGGCAGCUGGCUGUGCAACGCCGUCACCGUGGCCUUCUACGCCAACAUGUACUCGUCCAUCCUCACCAUGACCUGCAUCAGCGUGGACCGCUUCCUGGGCGUGGUGUACCCGCUGGUGUCCGCCCGCUGGCGGCGCAGGCGCUACGCCGUGGCCACCUGCGCCGGCAUGUGGCUGCUGCUGCUGGCCGCGCUGUCUCCGCUGGCACGCACGGACCUCACGUACGCCGUGCAGGAGCUGGGCAUCGUCACCUGCUUCGACGUGCUCAAGUCCACCAUGCUGCCCAGCGUGGCCAUGUGGGCCAUCUUCCUGUUCACGCUCUUCAUCGUCCUCUUCCUCGUGCCCUUCGUGGUCACGGUGGGCUGCUACACGGCCACCAUCCUGACGCUGCUGCGCGCGCCCGACGGCCACGGCCACGGCCAGCGGCGGCGGGCGGUGGGCCUGGCGGCCGUGGUGCUGCUGGCCUUCGUCACCUGCUUCGCGCCCAACAACUUCGUGCUGCUGGCGCACAUGGUCAGCCGCCUGUUCCUGGGCACGAGCUACUACCACGUGUACAAGCUCACGCUCUGCCUGAGCUGCCUCAACAACUGCCUGGACCCCUUUGUGUACUACUUCGCCUCCCAGGAAUUCCAGCAGCGGCUCCGCGGCUACCUCGGCCCCGUGGACGGGCUGGAGGCGGCCAGCCGGCCCUGCCUCAAGAGACAGGAGAGUGUGUUCUGA